CAAGAGUCAGACGCUUAACCAAUUGAGCCACCCAGGUGCCCCAGUUAAUUUAAUUUUUAAAAUUAAGAGCAGUAUAGGACAGAAAUGGAAACAAUUUUCUUAAAUUAUUUAUAGUUAAAAGUCCUGAAAGGUUCAUCAUUCAUUCAAUAGGUACUCACUGGACACUGCAUUUCUAGCACACAAUGAGAGUUCAAUAACUAUUUGAAAAACAAAUUAUUAAAUGAGCAUCCAUUCGGUGUUUGAGACCAUGUUUAGGCCCAGAAUACAAAGGUUCAUAAAUAUAGUUCCUGUUUUAUAAGAGCUCAUAGUAAAAAGGUAUUAAAAAAACUGCAAUGGUGUAAGUCCUGCAAGUACAGUGUUCUAUAUUAGGAAGCAAUCCUGCAAAUACUCACAGAGAAGGAAACUGCUAUUCUGUUCAUGAAUAUUGAGUGAGAAUUUGCCAGGUGGACAGGGUGGGAGUGGGAAGUGUUCUAGGUGGAGGAAACAUGUCAUGGGCAGGAAAUACCAUGAUCAAGUUCAGGGCAGACUGGUAUUUAUCAGUUGUGGGUAGCAUAAAGCCCCGAAGGUGUGAGUAGGUUAGGACAGAAUUGAAUUUCCAUUUGAAGGAUCUCCUUUGUGUGAGCUUGGAGGAUGGAUUUGGGUUGCGGGUAGGGUUGGGCAGGAGGUCAAAGGCAGAGAUAGUAAUCAAGAGGUUACUAGGAAAGAAAUGAUGAGGACCUUCUCAUUUUGUCUUUCACUGAAAACUCAAAUGCUCCCUAAACUUUUCCAUAGAAAUUUUAGGUAGCCCAAGUCCUAAAAUUUGGCUCAAAUCUCUGACACUAGUCAGUUUAAGAGGACACAAAAAAAUGAAUCUUUCAGAUCUUAAGGCAAAGUAGCAAAAGUAGCAGUCUUAAGUAACAAGGGAAAAAUCAUCAUGAGACUCCUGGCCUGGAGACUAGAUUUGGCUCUCAGUGAAUUGGCUGAGACCCAUUUCUGCUAAUGUUGAUUCCUCCGGCUGGAAAAUUCCUAGACUAUUAUUUAUAGGAUUGAGAAUCCGAAAAAAAUUCUGAUUCUCAAUCCAAGCCAUAUGAAAAUAACAUAAAAUGGAAGCUGUGCACUCUGAAUGUACUCAGAUUCUCAGUGUUUGGGCCCCGGUUCCGUGGCACGAAAUUCACCAGUAGGAGGCGUUAUCUGAGCAUGGUUGGGAAAUACUCAUUCCUAGGCAAUGACAUUGUUUCCUUAUCUGGCUGAAUUCAGUCUGAGAAGGAGGACUGUUGUUUCUAAUGAAGAAGGAGCUCCACCCUCGGCCACUGCCGCAGCUGCUCUGCCAAUAAAUAAGGGCAAAGCAUUUUCCCUUUGUGUAUCUUCAACAUGGAUGCUUUUCAGGGGAUUUUAAAAUUCUUCCUCAACCAGAAAACUGUUAUUGGCUACAGCUUCAUGGCUCUGCUGACCGUGGGGAGCGAGCGUCUCUUUUCACUGGUGGCUUUUAAGUGUCCCUGCAGCACUGAGAAUGUGGUCUAUGGGCUGGUUUUCCUGUUUGCUCCUGCUUGGGUGUUACUGAUCCUGGGAUUCUUUCUGAACAGCAAGGCGAUGAGGCUCUUCACCGGCUGCUGUGUGAAUCCCAGGAAAAUCUUCCCCAAAGGUCACAGCUGCCACUUCUUCUAUGUCCUCGGCCAGAUCACUCUGAGUUCAUUGGUGGCUCCAAUGAUGUGGCUUUCUGUGGCUCUGCUCAAUGGGACUUUUUAUGAAUGUGCCAUGAGCGGGACCAAAAGUUCAAGACUCCUGGGACUGAUUUGCAAGGGCAAGCCCCAGGAAUGCUGGGAUGAACUUUACAAAGUGUCUUGUGGCAAAACCAGCAUGGCCCCCACGGACAACGAAGAACUGAAACUGUCCCUGCAAGCCCAGUCUCAGAUUCUAGGAUGGUGCCUGAUUUGUUCAGCGUCUUUCUUCUCUCUGCUCACCACUUGCUAUUCUCGCUGCCGAUCUAAAGUCAGCCACCUGCAGCUGAGUUUUUGGAAGACGUAUGCACAAAAGGAGAAGGAGCAGUUGGAGAAUACAUUCCUGGAGUAUGCCAACAAGCUGAGUGAGCGAAACCUGAAGUGCUUUUUUGAAAACAAGAGGCCAGAUGCCUUCCCCAUGCCCACCUUUGCAGCCUGGGAGGCUGCCUCAGAGCUGCAUUCUUUCCACCAAAGUCGGCAACACUACAGCACUCUGCAUAAGGUGGUGGAGGAUGGUCUGGAACAUAGCCCUGAGGACGAUGAGACCACACUGGUACUUGUGGGUACUGCGCACAGCGUGUAGUUCAUCUACCACACGGACUCAUGGUGUUCAGGGCUCAUUCUGACAUCUUCGGCUGCAUUGACAGCAACCUGUGUAUCUCUGUGUUUUCUCGCCGUCAGUGUUUCCUUGAAGACAACAACCCAAAGAGAAGCAGCGUUGCAGCUCCUGAGGGAAGGCUGUGUCGGGAUGUGUCAGGGCUGUGUCAGGAUGUGCUCAAACUGAUGCCGAGUGACGGUCAAGGAUGGUGAGAAAGGUGCUCUUCCAUUGGUUGGGGGUUGGGGCUCAGUGGCUUCAAGUUCUAUGAUUUUAUGGCUUGAUGAGACUCAUGCAAGAAGGUCUGCUGCUCUAUAUAAAUAUUGGUCAUGGCAUCUGGGAGCAGAAGUGGUGACUUGUGAGUAACCAAGAUCCUCUUAACUGACUGCUAUAGACAGUGGGGUCAGUGGUGCAGUCAGCGGAAAUCCUUGUCCUGCAAAUCUAUUCUACUGCCUUUCAAGGACGUAUGAAAAUCUACCAUUUGGAAUUCAUUUCCUUGGAAUCUGAAGACAGCAGUUUUCAAGAAUAACACAUUGAAAGGAUAUGGUGCUUAAAAUUUAGAGCUUUUCACAUGUUUCCACUGUGCUCUGAAAGCAUGUCCCUAUAGGCAGGGCUGUAUUAUGACUUUUGGGGGCCCUAGGCACUCUGCCUCCGUAGACCCCUUUUUACUUUAAACGCGUGCGCGCACACACACACAUAUGCAUGCACAUACACAUUUAUGACUGUAUUAAUAUAAAUACAAAUAAAUUAAUAUUUUAUACUAAAAUACUUUUUCAACCCCAAAGUUCAUUUUCUUCUAAUUUUAAAAGAAAUUAAAAACACUUUUGGAACCCCUACAAGUAUGGUGGUUUCUGGGCAUAGUGCCUACUGUGCUGAAUGGGUAAGUCGGCCCUGACUGGAGGUCUGGGGAAACUGUCAAACCAGUGCUGGUGUAAAACUGUUUUGUAGUUUUGUGUUUAUUAGAAAUAAUGCAAAUUUUGCAUUCUACUAUGUUAUAUACCCACAUUAGUUUAAAUAUAUACACACACAUAUAUGUGUGUAUAGAAUAUAUAUAACACACACACACAUAUAUACAUGCAUAUAUAUAUAUAUAUAUAUUUUUUUUUUUUUUUUAAAGUUUCCCUAAAUCUCUGAGUGGAAUUGAUGUGUAAAGAGGCACUACAUUUUACACUGUGGCUCACACUCUGUAUCACUAAAAAUCCUGGCUCCCUAGCUGGACAAUCCUGGGAAUGAACCCUUUAUUACCAUGGAACAUUACCCCAAAUUGAAGACAGGACCCUAUAAGUGUUAAGACCUGGAACAUAUCCUUGGGAAGUUAGAGGAGCAGGGUCAGGCGUGUGUGUGUUUAGGUGGGAGAGGGGAAGGUGGAGGAUGUAAUGUCGCAAUAUAUUUGUAAUAUAUUUGAUAUAUUACUUGGAUUUUAAACAUGGUAUGUGAUUAGUAUUUAACAAAUGGCUCCUAAAAAACACCCUGAUGUGAAAUGUUUGCCAAUUUCUAUGACGCAGAUUCAAGUUUCCAAGGUGAGGUCGCUGAAGGUGGAGUGGGGAAGAGAUGCUAACUGCAGGCUCUCCUGAGACUGUGAGCUUUCAAAGAAGGUCUUAAAGCUAGCUUUUUUUUUUUUUUUUUUUUUUUUCAUUUACGUUGAUU